GACAUUAUAAGAGAGACGGAUGGAGUAUUAUUUAUUAGUAGCAUGAGUAACAACCGUGGCAGUGAAGGAAUUUUACGGAUAUAGCAUGAGUGGACAGGACAGUCGUAGCGCUACAACGGAUAUGGCAUAAGCUACUCUGUAUCACCAAAACAAAACCAUUCUUCACUUAGAAACCAGUUAUGGCGACUACACCUAAUCUCAACGGCGCCCUCCCCGCCGUUAUAAAGCUUGGCGGCGUCGAAAAGCCACGGCCAAGCGGGAACGAUCUCCGGGCAACAAGGAGAGUCGCCAUUGGGCUGGCCUCGAUUACACUCGUAGCAAAUGCCGCCACCGGAGCCUCAGUCGCCCAAGACAACGGGUUUUGGAUCGAGGGCCCCAUACCAGUGCCAUACGCCAACAACAAAAUCGACAAUGAAGAGACGGGGACGCGGUCGUUCCUGAAGAAAGGAAUCUACAUUGCCAACAUAGGGACGAAGGGGAGGAUGCAGAGGUUGAGACGAUACGCGUUCGAUCUGCUAGCAAUGGCGGACUUGAUAGCGCAGGAAGACGCCUGGAACUACGUCAGGCGCUAUCUGCGCCUCAAGUCCACCUUCAUGUACUUCGACUUCGAUCGAGUCAUCUCGGCCGCGCCGCUUGAUGACAAGGAGCCGCUCAUGGACCUUGCAAAUCGCUUGUUUGACAGCUUCGAAAAGCUACUAGAAGCAGUGAGAAAGCAAGAUGUUCCUCAGAUAUACUCACGUUAUCAAGCAACCACACCACUUCUGCAAGAGGUUAUGGCUCGAAUGGCCUAAAAAUCAUGCUGCUCACCUGCUCUACUUCCAAAUGUUUUCAUCAUUGUAUCCAAAAAAAAAAAAGAGAGAGUGAGGCAUGUUCAGAGAGAAUUUGAAUUUGUAACGAUUUUAUCUAUUAUCAAUACAAACAUAAUGUCAGCUUACACAAUACAUGGGCUCAAG